CGACAAUUCGUCUCGAGUUGAUCUCUUAUUCACCUGGCCUUCGCGCGCGUUGAAUCCUUCGGGCUAAGGGAAAACAAAACAAACCAAAGAAAAAAAGAAAAAAAAAAAAAAAAAAAAAAAAAGAAAUGGAAAAAUUCGUUAUAAUCUUGAUGGCCGCCGUCUCCUGCCUGGCCGGGGAGUUGGAAUUGAGCGGUCACGGAUUUGGCGAUCAUGGAUUGACUUUGGGAGAAAUAGCAGUGGGCCACGAGGGUGGAGAUAUUGGCUUAGAGGAAAUAGACGAACACGAAAUUGGGGAAUACGGCGGGCACGGUGGGCAUUACGUACCGAUUGUGAAAUCGAUUGGUGUACCGGUUCCGAAGAAGGUUCCUAUAUUGAUUCCGAAACUGGAGGUUGAAUCCGUUCCACAGAAUUAUCCAGUUCCCGUAAUCGUACCGAAACCCGUUCCUUAUCAGGUGGAGAAACAAGUGUUCAAGAAGGUGGAGAAGAAGGUGCCAACGCCCAUCGAGAAAAUCAUUCCGGUGAAAAUCGAGAAGCCGGUCCCAUUCCAGGUGGUGAAGCACGUUCCCGUCCCCGUGGUGAAGCCUAUUCCAAUUAAGAUUCCAAUUUACAAAACGGUGGUGCAUAGCCACAAGGGCCAUUAACGCGUGUGAAAUUGCGUUGUUGAUUGUUCUUCGUGUUAAUCGUUGUUGCACACAGCCCAUCGUCCAAAUUAUUCUUUCCCUACCUACGUUUUUUAACGUAU